UGGAGCACCGGUAACUUUAACACUAACCUGUUCGAGUUUAGCACCUCACCGAAACUCCAGCAGCAACACCAGCAACAGCACCAAUCGGCCCUUUCGCACCAGCAGCAGCAGCAGCAACAACAACAACAGCAACAACAGCAGCAACAGCAACAACAACAGCAGCUACUGUUGCAGCAACACCAAAAUCAACAAUCCACCCAUCAGCUGCAACAAUCGCCAUCGUCCAGCUCGUCCCUGUCGUCGAUAGCGAAUGCAGCCUCACUUCUGGAACAGCAUCAUCUUGGAUCGCUGCAUCAGCUGCACGAGCAUCAUCACGAUACGACCGUCGCCAGCCAGCUACACCUGCACCCCCAUCAAUUGCAUUUAGCGACCGCAAGUCAAGUACAAAUCUAAACCCGGCAUCCACUUCAAGACUCUUCUUACUGUCCACACGCACAACGUUCGCCCGGUUGUGCUCAUUUGUCGCAUAUGCGCGCGCUUCUAGUCACCAGCCAACUUCGUACAAUGUCUUCUUCAUCAACGCAACGCUAAUAGUAGCAACAUUCAAAACAGUUCAAAAACUCCCCCGAGCUGCUUGAGUUACUUGAGGCAGCUGCUGGGAGAGACCAGAGACCAUUCAUCACAAAACAGGAAUUAAUUGCGGAACGCUUUCCUGCUUCUGGCAAGAGCGUUUCUCUCUGUUUCUCGAUCCAGAGGACGAUCGAGCACCGGUUCAGUAUUAUUAAUGAUUUUCAUAGAUUACCGUGUAGGUGAAAUAUAUACGGCGGACUUUAACCAUCCGACGAAUAGGAGAAACGUGUGCGUUCAGUCGAAGGUAAGUCAGGGAAGAAUCACUUCCGUUUGCAUCCCAGCAGGUGUAAAAGGUAAAAGGAAAGUUGGUGGGAGGGUUCAGGCAGGCGUGGCAAGGUAACCAAGCGAAUGAUGAGCGCAAGUUAAAUCGAAUUUAGUGCACCAGGCCCCAAAAUGUCCGAAGUUGGAGCGACGUGAAACAUAGCAAACAAGCAAACAAACACAAAAACUGCUGGUGAGAAAACAAAGCCAACAGUUGAUCUACGCUUUGUGUUUUUAUAGAUACGAUUGAAAAUCCGAUAAAUUACCAAUGUUCACCAACUGGCAUAGAACUAGGCGAAAGGUAACACAGCAACAAAACAGAUAAAAACACCCAGUAUUGGUGUUGGUUUUUUUUACAAAAAAAAACACUGGGAAAAACGAUCCGCCGAAUAGAAACUAACGCGCACAAACAAAAGCAACAGCAGCAGCAGCACAAAUGGACGGACGGAAGGCAUCCAGUGCACUCUGGCUGUGCAUUCACUGUGCGCAUGUGAAAUGCACAACAAAACACAGACAAAACACAGUGAUGUACGUUACAAUUGAUUAGCUGGUAAGGAAGUAGUGAAUUCAACUGUACGAAAGCCAGCCAAGUGUCCCAGCGUCGCAACGGGUGGAAUGUUGCAAAAACAAAAUCACUACCACUCUUGGCAUUGCAAUGCAAUGUUUCGUUUCGUGUUUUGCAUAGUAAACUGGAAUGUGCUAUGGAAAAGAGGGAAAUUGGUUUUUAAACAGAAAAAAGGGUUCAAGAUGAGGGAAAACUUUCCAAUUUACAAAAUAGAAAGUCCCGCCAAGGGGGAAUUACAAACAACUCCAACAGAAAACAUGAACCAACUAACCCACCACAUUGUGUCACGCUGGGAGCAGUAUGGGGUGGGGUGGGUGUUGUAGCAAAGGAUAACAGUGGAGGAAAGUGCAAUUUUCUUAGUUUCAAUUAUCUGAAAGCAGCAGCUAGCUGCGCUUUCCACUGCAGUCUUUUUGUUUUGUUUUUGAGUGAAAUAUUAUUUUUAAACGCAUCAAAGCGUACAGCGCGUAGUUUGACCGCAGCAAAUGAUUUGCAGUGCACCUCUCGUUUAAGAUUAGUGUAAUUUAUUUAUCCACAUUCAAUUUACAGUACACUUGUUUCUUUAUGCGCAUAUGAGUGCACAACAAACAUUGGGUGUUCAUAGUAAGCGCCUGCAAGGUGUAAAAAAACCGAAUGUAUAGCUAUAUAAGUUUUCCCAAACAUUCGCUUGAUUGCUGUCGGAAACCAAACGUUCAUACACCUAGCACAAACAAAGGGUAAACAAAAUGGAAAAGGGAAAAAAUGUUACAGAAGCAGAUGCCAUAUAAAUAAGUAGACUGUAAAAUGUUUUCACAAGCAAAAUUGUAAACAAAAAAACAUACAAAAAAACACCCCCACAAAACAGCAAAAUUUGCGUAAGCUAUAGCGUGUUGUUGUUGUGAAGGUGAAAACAUUCAAUGAAAAAUUAUGUUGUACAGACACAUACACCUUACUAGUAUGGAUCAAAUCGUAGAGGUGCAGCAAAAAGUAUAUGUUAAAAAACGCACUCUUCUUGAGAUGGAAGAGAAACUGUCUGUUUGUUGCACAAAUGCAAAUGAAAAUGCAAAAAAAAACAAAUGAACAAGCAGAACAACAACAAAAAAACACUGAAAUCAGUCAAAGCAAGUGAUGUGAAAGUGAUCAAGACAAACAUCACAACAAAAAGAAUAACA